AUGGCUAUAAUCGACAGUGCUUGUAGUACGGGAAAGAAAUUCUUAGCGACGGUUGAGCGACAAUUUAAAUGGAUAAAUUCUAGUUCAAUCUAUCCGCAGUUGACUCCUUCUGUCAACUUCAUUGGCGCAAGAACAGUCGCGAAUGAGAGUUUACGUGAUGCUCUCGAGAGGCUAGUUCCCGAAAAGCAAAAGGAAGUUGCUGAAUUUCGUAAAAGCUAUGGAGACAAAGUGAUCGGAGAAUAUACAAUUGGCCAGGCCUACGGUGGAAUGCGAGGUAUUAAAGGUCUCGUUACCGAAACUUCGCUACUCGAUCCGGAUGAGGGAAUUCGAUUCAGAGGUUAUAGCAUCCCGGAAUGUCAAGAAAUUCUACCUUCUGCUGAUGAUGGUGCUGAACCUUUACCUGAGGGCUUGUUUUGGUUACUUGUAACCGGAGAAAAACCAACCAAAGAGCAGGUCAAGCAACUUAGUAGAGAAUGGGCUAAUCGUGGAGCUCUACCUUCGCACGUCGUCCAAAUGGUUAAUAACUUUCCUGCAGAGCUACAUCCCAUGUCGCAGUUUAGUGCCGCAAUCACUGCCAUGAAUAGCGAAAGUAAAUUUGCUCGCGCUUAUGCAGAAGGCGUAAAUAAAGCGAAAUAUUGGCAGUACGUUUACGAAGACUCUAUGGAUUGCAUUGCAAAAUUAACGUCUUUGGCAGCAACAAUUUAUAGAAAUUUGUAUCGUGAUGGUAAAGUUGGCGCUAUUGACGCUGAUAAAGAUUGGUCUAGUAAUUUCACCUCCAUGCUGGGAUACGACAACCCACAAUUUACAGAGUUAAUGCGCUUGUAUUUGACAAUCCAUACUGAUCAUGAAGGUGGUAAUGUUAGCGCUCAUGCCACUCACUUAGUGGGUAGUGCCCUAUCAGAUCCCUAUUUGUCAUUCGCAGCUGGAAUGAACGGCUUAGCUGGACCUCUUCAUGGUCUUGCAAACCAAGAAGUAUUAGUUUGGGUAAAUAAACUACGAGAGACGUUGGGUGAUAAUACUACCGAUGAUCAGCUUCGAGACUUCAUCUGGAAUACCUUGAAAAACGGCCAAGUUGUGCCAGGCUAUGGACAUGCAGUUUUGCGUAAAACUGAUCCCAGAUAUACGUGCCAGCGCGAAUUUGCUCUAAAACAUUUACCUAAUGACCCAGUAUUCAAACUUGUUGGACAAAUCUACAAGGUAGUACCUGAUGUGCUUCUUGAACACGGUAAGGCAAAGAAUCCAUGGCCAAAUGUUGAUGCCCAUAGUGGUGCAUUAUUGCAGUAUUACGGAAUGACAGAAAUGAGCUACUAUACUGUACUCUUUGGUGUAUCUCGAGCAUUAGGAGUUUUAUCUUCUCUUAUAUGGGAUCGCGCUCUAGGAUUGCCUAUUGAACGUCCCAAAAGUAUGACGACUGAAGCACUCAAGAAGCUUGUCGGUGCCAAGUAA